CCAAUAGGCGUAGGGCGGAAGGCGGAAGCCGUCGGCUUGUGGGCUAUGCGUAACCAUGAUGGCUAACUUCUUUCGUUGGUUGAUUUAGCAAGCCUCAUAGAACAUAGCAUCUUAGGCAGAGUUGUGUUGUUGUGCAUCUACACCUGUGCCUUUUAAUACGCUGAAAUACACACACACUGUCUAGGGUUGAUGUUUUGAAAGUAACUCAAAAGUGGUCAAGCCGCCUGUGUCUGAAGAAGCCACGGAAGAUGGACACUGGAGUGUCGACUUCGUUCCUCACCGCUGAGCUGGCAACUGCAGUGGAGCAGGCAGUGAAAACAGCGGUGCAGGCUGUCAUGUGCGAGUUGACAAAAGCGGUUGGAGCUACCCUUGACAACUUGCGUAUGGAAGUGGCAGAGAAAGAACGAGAAAACCAAAGCCUGCGGCUUCGUCUGGACAUAUCGGAUAGCAAACUGAAGGCCGUGCGGGAGUGCCUUAAUCUCGGCGGAGAUAGCAGCGGACUACCACAAACCAGUCAGUCGGACUCCACAAGGACAGAGAAACAAACUCAUUCAGCGGGUCAGGAUAAGACCGCGGGGCCGCCUGCACAACGUCAGGUGACGGCCAGACCGGUCCGGCCAUCCAGCGAUUCCGUGUUGCCGGUCCUGUGCAGCACCCAGCAGGAACCACCAGCGCAACACUCGAAGGUGGACAGCACUUGGAAACAAACUGGAAGCGUCUUUGAAGAGAAGGAGGUUUAUCCUGAUGCAAGUACAGAAUCAAGAGUAGAAGACACUCCUGAUGCAGAACACAUUCACCUUGCUAAAGAUACUUCGGAAAUGGAAUCUGUUCUGAUUAAAGAGGAGGAUUCCGAUUUAGAGUCUGUUCAUGUAAUAGAGGAUGUCCUUCAGAUGGAGUCCGUGAUUAUUAAAGAUGAAGUUUCUCACAUGAACAGUGUACCUCAUGUAGAAGUUGCUUUUCAACAGGAAACUGUUACCAUUAUGGAAGAUGCUCCUCAGUCUAUAUCCAGUAAUAAUGACAACCAUUCUACAGUGCUGGGAAGUAUUCCUAGCUCAACAAAGUGUGGUAAAUGUGAGAAGAGCUUUGGCAAAGAAGCAGAGCAAGCACCCCAGGCUCCAUAUUUAUGUACACAGUGUGCCAUUGAAUUUGGAGAUCUGAAAAACCAAACCAGACAAAAGCACCAAACAACAGUAAAGAGGAAAUCCUACUAUUGCUGUGAGUGUGGUCACAGCUUUAAUCAGCUAACUUGUCUCCGGAAACACCAACAGAUACAUGCUGGAAAGAGUCCUUAUACAUGCACUGAAUGUGAGAAAAGUUUCAGUCAGUUAGUGUAUCUGAACCAGCAUCAGCGUGUUCACACUGGUGAGACCCCAUUUUGCUGCAUUGAAUGUGGAAGGAGUUUCAGCCAGUUGGGAAAUCUUAUGCAGCAUUUACGUAUUCACACUGGAGAGAAGCCCUUUCGUUGCACCGACUGUGGAAAGAGUUUCAGACACAUAGAUGGCUUGAAGAAGCACCGUCGCAUUCACACAGGAGAGAAACCAUACCAAUGUACAGAGUGUGGCCAGGACUUCAGGCAUUUAAACAGUUUUAAACGACACUGGCGAACUCACACUGAAAAUAGCUUGUGAAUG